AUGCGUCCUCGGUACAAGCUGAUGCUCGCGGGUGCAGUGUUUGUUGUAGUUUUCUAUUUUGUGAUCUACCAAAAAUGUUUCAAAACGGCGUUAAGCAGCUACAAAGUGCUGGACGAUCACAAUUUGGCGAGGGCUCAGUUUCUCGAGGAAAAUAAGGCGCUGAUCGAGCGGCCACGCUACAUUUUGCUCUACACGAAUUUCUUCAAAGAAUCCUAUUGGGGCCUACCGGCAGAAACGCUCGGUCCGGACUACUUUCGAACGAAACACUGCCCUGUGACGAACUGUGUGUUGACGUCCUAUCAUCAACUGAUUACGCCUAUCACUGAGUACGACGCGCUGGUGUUUCACGUCGCUACACCUUGGGAUGGUCCUCUGCCGGAUAUACGUGGUACACGACAGGUGUAUGUGGCCGCGAUCAUGGAGUCACCGGCUCACACGAAACAUAUGCUUGCGUUGGACGAUAACUUUUUCAAUUGGACCAUGACGUAUAGGCUGGACUCAGAUGUGUUGUUUAAUUACCAGAACAUAAUCGAUUUAGAGAGUGGCGAGGUAGUGAGUCCGGCGCUGCAGCCGAUCUGGCGUUACGGUUUCGAGACGUAUGCUAACGAUACCUUGCUAGAUAUGGUUUCUAAGAAGCGAAAGAUGGCCGCCCAAUUUGUAUCGCACUGUGGGGCGCUCUCCAGACGCGAUGAAUUGGUACGAAAGCUGCAAUCAACCGGACUGGAUGUCGAUGUGUACGGGAGCUGCGGUACUAAGAAAUGUAUCCGUGGUAACCCGGAGUGCAACCAGAUGCUGGAUAGUGUGUACUGGUUUUACCUGUCGUUUGAAAACUCACUUUGUGUCGAUUACGUCACCGAGAAGUUGUACAAUGCUUUAGAACACUAUGUUGUGCCGAUAGUGUACGGAGGAGCUGAUUAUAGGCGAUUCGUACCUCCAGGAUCAUACAUCGAUGCUCAAAAUUACACGUCCGUCGAAGAACUAGUGGACUAUCUACUCUUCCUGAUGGAUAAUCCGCAUGAGUAUGUCAAAUACUUCUGGUGGAAAGACCAAUACGCAGUCGACGGUUCCAACGCCGCUUUUUGUGAGUUGUGUAGCAGAUUACACAGUGUUAGCACGCGUCAAAAGGUGCAAUACUAUCGUGACAUUAAAUCUUGGUGGUACGAUGAUGUCUGCUCAGCAGAGCCGAGGAUACGCUUCUAAGUAUUCAGAUGCACGUUCGAUGGUUACGAUGAGCUAAACCGAUUUCGAUCGUGACACAUAAUUCUAUUUAAUUAAUCUAUUAAAUUCUAAUUUAAUUUAUAAUUCUUUAAAAUUAUUCAUUUAUCGAGGGAUGCGUGCCCGCCACUGAACUAGGUGCAAAUGAAAACCAUAGUGGUUUUGUGGAAUAGUAUGGAAUAGUGGAACAUUUUACGAGUAAGGUAGCGCAAUAAGGUGCAAGUGCAUUUACGUCACUCUCCUUACGACAUUUUAUUAUGCGGUUUUUGCAUAAGAUUAACAUAAAAAAUACGUGAACAGGGAAUAAGAUACGUUAAAUUAAUUGGAACGUAUUAAGAUACGUAGGUAGAUCGUAGAUCAACUUGAGCUUGAACAAACUAAUACACUUGAAUCAAACACCAAUCGUAAUGAACCGUUCGGCUGAACUGCACAAAUAAAAGUAAACCGGUUGUAGCCAGAUAAGAAGAAGAAGAAGAAGAAGAAGAAAAAGAAGAAGAAGAAGGGAAGAAUAGCCUACAGUAUCAUUCUAUAGGAGCCGGCUACCUACCCAUUGCAGAGCUAAAUAGUAAUUAAGAAUGUGAACUGCCUUCGCCAUCACGAAUAUAACGCCACGGUGAUGGAUGUUAGUCAUCAACUCUAUUUAUGUCUCAGACUUUCUGUACACAAGGUGCGGCGA